UUACUGUCAUCAUGGUGGGCAAGAGUAUAAAGAAGGAACUUUCAUAUGAAGGAUUCCACAGCCAUCCAAGAUCUGCUUUAACAAGAAUCUUUGCAAAACUGUACCUGCAUUAUAAAAUGUGAAGAUGAGGAAAUGGGACUCUGAAGACUAACCAAGCUUUAACCUGUGCCUUGCAAUGGGAAAAUACUUAAAGGAAUUCAGCUUUCUAGAGACUGUUGCAUUUAACUUGUAAACCCUUUCUAGAAUUUAUUCUAGCUCUGUUUCAGGUAUAUUUCCUGCCUGGGGAAAUCUAUUGACCUUUGUAUUUGAAUAAGAAGCAGCACUGAAAAUUUUGAAUGUGCAGUUAUGUACUUGUCGAAACUGGACUGUUUUUGCAGUAAUUUUUGCAACACUGAAAGCCACUGAGAUACAGUAGGAAUUUAAUUUUAAUUAAUCACUGUGAAAUUAAAGUCUACUUGAUUUGUGCCUGAAAAUCCAUUUCUUUGGCUUAUGGUUUCUAAACUUCUAAGGAUCUUAAUUUCUUGUUGGUGAGUGGAAACUUUCCCUUCAACCCAGGAAAUGGCUUUUCUUGUUCGUUGUUACGCCAACUGCCUGCAGCCUUGGGCCUCUAAACUUCCUGCAGACCUGACCAAGAUGCAUCUCACAGAUGGUCAACAUCCACAGGUGACACAUGUCCCCUCAAGUCAGUCUGGUUGCAGCAUUGCUAGUGAUUCUGGGAGUAGCAGUUUAUCUGACAUCUACCAAGCUACCGAAAGUGAGAUGGGGGAUGUAGAUCUAACUGGUCUCCCAGAAGCACCAGUUGAUUCUGAAGACGAUGAAGAAGAAGAUGAAGACAUUGACAGAACUUCAGAUCCACUGCUGGGGCGAGAUGUUGUACGGGAAUGCCUUGAAAAGGAACCUGCUGACAAAACAGAUGAUGACAUUGAACAAUUACUGGAAUUCAUGCACCAGCUUCCAGCAUUUGCAAACAUGACUAUGUCUGUAAGGAGAGAACUCUGCUCAGUGAUGAUAUUUGAAGUUGUAGAACAAGCAGGAGCCAUCAUUCUUAAUGAUGGGCAAGAACUUGAUUCUUGGUAUGUUAUUUUAAAUGGCACUGUGGAAAUCAGCCAUCGAGAUGGGAAAACAGAAAGUCUCUGUAUGGGAAAUAGUUUUGGGAUUACUCCCUCUCUGGAAAAGCAAUAUAUGAAUGGUGUAGUUCGGACCAAAGUAGAUGACUGCCAGUUUGUAUGUAUAGCCCAGCAGGAUUAUUGGAGAAUUCUGAACCAUGUUGAAAAAAAUACACACAAGGUUGAAGAAGAAGGAGAAAUUGUUAUGGUGAAAGAGCACAGAGAGCUGGACCGCAGUGGAACCAGGAAAGGACACAUUGUCAUCAAGGCAACACCUGAACGCCUGAUUACACAUUUAAUAGAAGAACAUUCUAUUGUGGAUCCAACAUACAUUGAAGACUUUCUCUUAACAUACAGAACAUUUUUGGCAAGCCCCCUGGACGUUGGGGAUAAACUAUUGGAAUGGUUUCAGGUAGACAGUCUCAGGGACAAGGUUACCCGAGUUGUACUAUUGUGGGUGAACAACCAUUUUAACGAUUUUGAGGGAGACCCAGCCAUGACACGUUUUUUGGAAGAAUUUGAAAAAAACUUGGAAAAUGCGAAAAUGAAGGGGCACCUCAGAUUACUAAACAUCGCCUGUGCAGCCAAGGCAAAAUGGAGACAAAUCACAUUGCAGAAGCCUGCUAGAGACUCCCCACUUUUCUUCAGCCUCCUUGGAGGAAGUGAAAAAUGUUUUGGUAUUUUUGUGGAGACAGUAGAACCAGGAAGCAAAGCAGCAGAAGCUGGGCUUAAACGUGGUGAUCAGGUAAUGGAAGUAAAUGGACAAAACUUUGAGAAUAUUACAUUUGCAAAAGCCACUGAAAUCUUGAGAAACAAUACUCAUCUUUCCAUCACUGUAAAAACAAAUAUUUUUGUGUUCAAAGAGCUGCUUAGCAGGAUAGGGCAGGAGAAGAAUGGAGUUCCUCAUAUUCCAAAAAUUGCAGAAAAGAAGAAUAAUCGCUAUUCCAUCCCAGAUAUUCCUGGGGAUGUAGAACAGAUGUUUCCACGCGAGAAAGGAAACAAGAAAAUAAAAGCAAACACUGUGUCUGGUGGAAGAAACAGAAUCAAGAAAAUUUUAGACAAGACGCGAUUCAGCAUCUUACCUCCGAAAUUGUUCAGUGAUGGUAGUGUAAGCCAAUCACAGGACGACAGCAUUGUGGGGACAAGGCAGUGCAGACACAGUUUGGCAAUUAUGCCUAUUCCUGGCACGCUCUCGUCCAGCAGUCCUGAUCUCUUGCAGCCUACAACCAGCAUGUUGGAUUUUUCUAACCCUUCAGCGGUUGGUUUUUACUACAUUCCCGAUCAGGUUAUAAGAGUUUUCAAAGCCGAUCAACAGAGCUGUUAUAUUAUCAUAAGCAAAGACACUACAGCAAAAGAAGUCGUAAGCCAUGCAGUCCACGAAUUCAAUUUGACAGGAGGCUCAGAGACCUAUUCUCUCUGUGAGGUUUCUGUGAGUCCCGAAGGAGUCAUCAAACAGAGAAGGCUUCCUGAUCAGUUCUCAAAGUUAGCCGAUCGGAUUCAGCUGAAUGGAAGGUAUUACUUGAAAAAUAAUAUGGAAACUGAGACUCUAUGCUCAGAUGAAGAUGCUCAAGAAUUGCUUAGAGAGAGCCAGAUUUCCCUUUUACAGCUGAGCACCAUUGAGGUAGCUACCCAGCUAUCAAUGAGAGACUUUGAAUUAUUUCGGAACAUUGAACCUACUGAAUAUAUUGAUGAACUAUAUAAACUUGAAUCUAAAACGGGGAAUGCUAACCUAAAACAGUUUGAGGAUGUUAUGAAUCAAGAGACAUUUUGGGUUGCCACAGAAAUCUUAUCAGAGCCAAACCAGCUUAAAAGGAUGAAGAUCGUAAAACAUUUCAUAAAAAUUGCUCUCCAUUGUCGAGAGUGCAAGAAUUUCAACUCUAUGUUUGCUGUUAUAAGUGGUCUUAAUCUGGCACCUGUAGCCCGACUUAGGGGCACAUGGGAAAAGUUACCAAGCAAGUAUGAAAAGCACCUACGAGAUCUUCAAGACCUUUUUGAUCCAUCUAGAAACAUGGCAAAGUAUCGCAACAUCCUUAGCAGUCAGAGCAUGCAGCCUCCAAUUAUUCCACUUUUUCCUGUUGUCAAGAAGGACAUUACAUUUAUGCAUGAAGGAAAUGAUUCAAGGGUGGAUGGCUUGGUAAAUUUCGAGAAGCUCAGAAUGAUUGCCAAAGAGAUUCGUCAAGUCAUCAGAAUGACUUCUGCUAAUAUGGAUCCAGCAGUAAUGUUCAGACAAAGGAAGAAGAGGUGGAGGAGUUUGGGAUCACUAAGUCAGGGCAGCACAAACUCAAACAUGUUGGACGUUCAAGGAGGUGCACACAAAAAACGUGCCCGGCGCAGCUCCCUUCUAAAUGCAAAAAAAUUGUAUGAGGACGCUCAGAUGGCUAGGAAAGUCAAACAAUACCUCUCCAAUCUGAAUGUGGAAACGGAUGAAGAAAAGUUCCAGAUAAUGUCACUUCAGUGUGAACCUGCGUAUAGCACUUUGACGAAAAAUCUAAGUGAAAGACGAGGUGGCAAAGCUGUAGAAAUGUCUCCCAUGCCACUGAGAUCUGUUGGCCAAACUACAAAAGUUCAUCUACAUCAGCAAAAUAGAAUGAGUCAAGUCCUUCAGGUUCCAGCUGUUAACUUGUACCCCAUUAGGAAAAAAGCACCAGCGAAGGACCAUGUGACUUUUAGUGCAGGUUCUCCUCAGAAGUCAAUGAGUUUGUCUGAGGAAACAAAUAGUAAAAAACAAGCAGAAGACAAUAUAUCUAUGGCAUCUUCUUUGCAUUCCAGUCCUCCUGCUUCUCCUCAGGGCUCCCCACGCAAAGCUGGUAAUCCCCAGAGGUCUGAUCACUGCAGCCAGAUCAACCUCUCUGGCUCGUCCUCUUCUCUUGCAAGCGAAGCAAGCAACAAGAACAGUGGACAGCGCAGCUAUGGAAUAGGCUAUGCCCUGAUACCAUCUGCAAAAUCCGAGAAUUUUUCAGAUUCCAGCCACAGCGAGAUCUCUUCACGGUCCAGCAUUGUGAGCAACUGCUCUGCUGACUCCAUGUCUGCAGCCCUUCAGGAUGAAAGAUGUCUAGCUCAGGCUGUCGUAGUUGUGGAUUCAGUGGGAGCAGUUGAAAGGAAGGAGCACCCUCAUCCGUCCUCUGAAUACAGCCAGCCUUGCCCUGGUUGGCCGCUGUCCAGACCUCCAGUGAUCCGAGGCCUGCCUGUCCCAUCUUCCAUGAGUACGGAGGAGAUUUCCCACGAACACAUCAUGAUAGAAGCAGCAGAUAGUGGUCGUGGGAGCUGGACCUCCUGCUCAAGUAGUUCUCAUGAUAACUUCCAAAAUAUCCAGAACCAGAAAGGCUGGGACCUCUUAAACUCUUACCGCCACACUCACUUAGAAAGGGCCAUUGCUGAAGUAGAACCAUCAAGCAGCUGCCCUGAAGAGAUUCACUUGCAGCCCCAUGCCCACUCAAACAGCAGCAGGCAAUCCAAAACGGGCAUGGACUUUGACCAAUCCCGUCAGAGCUGGGCUUCAUCAGGUUCUCUGUCAGAUGCAUAUGAAACAAACUGUGGGACAGUAAAGCGGAGAGGACUUGACAGCUUAGCAGUAGAGCAAGCUGAAGUUUUGGACUCCAAAGCAGGUGGCGAUACAACAUACAAAACUGUCACUUCGAGUACCGAGAGAGGCCUCAUAGUGUACUGUGUCACCUCACCUAAGGAAGACAAUAGGUAUAGGGAGCCACCGCCCACCCCGCCAGGAUAUAUGGGGAUUUCCUUAGCGGACUUAAAGGAAGGAUCACCUCACCACCCACACCUAAAACCUCCAGACUAUAGUGUGGCGGUGCAGAGGUCAAAGAUGCUGCAUAGCAAGCUCUCUAGACUCUCCUCCACUCCUCUGAGUAGCGAACCAGUGGCUUGUUUUCCAAAGAAGAUGCCUCAGUUGCAUGGCCGACAGCCGUCCCAUCCUAAGCUAGCAGAUAUGACUGACGCAAAUAGUGAAGAGGAUGAAGAUGAACAAGUAUCAGCAGUCUAGCCUUUGCGCUUCCUGUGAAAAUUGCCCCGAGUCACGGUAACAUUGGAAGAAGUAAUUGUACAAUAUUGUUAGCUGUAGCUGACAGCUUGCUGCUAUUGACUUCAAAUGUUGCAUUUGCUUGUCUUCUGAAUAAUAUGACGGACCUAAUCUGGAUCCUAAUUUUGAACUUCCUUUGCUUCACUGCAAUCAGCUUCACAGCCUAAGAAAACUAUUUAUAUCUUGAGAGAGACAGACAACUAUUUCUAAGGAAUACUGACCCUGAAUUGCAGAAAGCAGAAUCCAGAAGGACCUCCCUUUUAACGAAGUGGGGCCAACUCGGAAACAUUCUUCUGCAGGAAAUCUGUAGACAAUUUUGGUAGACUUUGCUCAGAUAUUUUCUUUGUGACCAUUACAGCUCUCAAUUGAAGAAUGUUAUUUUACGUGCUUACGGAACUGCAACACUUCAGCGAAACCAAGGAUACAUCUGCAGCAAUCUGAAGAGUAAUUUAUUAAUUUGGAGUUUAUAAUAAGGCUUUGGUUUGUUUGUUUAUAUGUGUAUUAGAAUGCUCUGGUUGGCUAAUGUGAAUGCUUUUACAAUGAAAAUAAGGUAACAAAUUAUCUUGGUGUUAAUGACAUGUUUUAUGCUAGCAAAACACCCUGGAUUUCUGAGGAACUGGAUGUCAUGAGUGCAGCUAGAGGUUUACACACAUUGCCACAUGAACCUCUCUUGUAUAAUGCCAAGCCCUGACAUGUGUAUUGAGUAUGCUUUAAUGUGCAUAGAGUAGUGGAACACUGCCAUCUGUUGGUCCUGUAUUUUAAAACCGGUGAAGUACAUGUGACCGCCGUCCUUUCAACUAUCAAAUGAACAAGGAAGUACCUG